AUGAGUUAUUCUAGAGAGAGAGUAGCAAUGUCAGUUUCAGGAGUUAACUCCGAUAUUUAUAACCAAAGAUCAUACAAUUAUACAAAUAGUUCUUAUUACACUUCUGAUUUAGGAUUGUCCACUAUUUCUUCGUCUACAGGCACAGUUCGUCCUCUCAAGAAUACCAAAAAUUACUUAAAAGAUAUUGAAUGUAAGUUCAACUAAGAUCCUGACCCUCGUGCAGAUUUGCAAUUGUUAAGCAGAUAUAAAAAUAAUUCUAAUAACGUUCAUUACACUGGAACUAUGAAAAUAGAAAAAGAUAUAAAAGAUGAUGAAGUCCCUUAAAUAUUUAGAAAAAUGUAGCCUGCUAAUGGCCAAGAAGCUAUCUAGUAAAGAACGCAAAUUUUCUAAAGUUCUCCAGUGAAAAAAAAUAUCAUUAUGAGUUAGCAAAUUGCCUAAGACUAGCAGCAAAAUUAGUUUAAGAUUCUUAACUAUAAUUAUGAAAACAACUCACAAAUCAAAGAAGAGCCUAAGAAAGGAUUUUUUGAAAAGCUGUUUUCUUUUGCAGAAACAAAUGAAAAUAAAUCUAAUUAGUAAAUUAAGAUGAAAAAUUACAGAUAGCCCCAAAAUAUAUAAAAUAUGAAUGAUGUAGAGUCUUCUUUGGUUAACUUAAGACAAGAUAUGAUAAAUAAUAUAAAUAACUAAAACGUCUAAUUUAAUUUUACUUUCUAAAUGAAGUAAUAAUUAUCAAUAGCUAUCGACUUAACUGAUCGUGUUCUUAGAGAAUAAUCUACACCAAUACUGAAUCAAAUUCUCAAAUCAAUAAAUAGAGCCAGAUAUUAAGCUAAGCAGCAGCUUUACACUUCAGAGCAAUAAUUGAUGGAAACGUUUUAUGAAAAUUUAGAGUUUCUCACUUAAUAAAAAAUUCUUAAACUAAAAGUACAUCAUUUGCCAACACAGGAGUAAGACUAUGAAGAAAGGUAAAUGUUUUAUCAGCAAGCUUCUUAGUACAUCCUAAAUAGUAAAGGUUAUUAUCCCACAAAAUAGCAGUUAGAUUAUUUCUUCGAAGAAAUUAAACAUCUAAAAGUCAAUAAUUCAGAAUGGAUGGAUUUCCUAUCAAAAAGAAUCUGA